AUUUUAACACCAACCUUCAAACGACACCUACCAAAAAUGUCUUCAAUUUCUUGCACUAAGCUGACACUACUUAGCAUAGCAGCAGUUAUCAUCCAGUUCAUAGGCCUCUCGAUCUUCGUUUUCGGCUUCUUCCCCGUCAAACCAGUUCUCUCCGGUCACAGUGGUUUGGAGAGUUUCCGACGCCCAACCUGCGAUAACGAUGGCUUUGCAAAUCGGAGCGAGGCAUCAGAUCGCCUUAGGUUGUUGUAUCAGGAAGAAUCUGAGAUCCCUUUUUCAUAUGAUCGACUCAUCUUAAUGGUCAUUGACGGUCUUCCAGCUGAAUUUGUGCUUGGCAAGAAGGGUCAGCCUCCAAGCAAGGCUUUUCUGGAAGCUAUGCCAUAUACCCAGUCAUUGUUGGUGAAUGGUAUGGCUGUUGGAUAUCAUGCAAUAGCUGCAGCUCCAACAGUUACCAUGCCUCGUCUGAAGGCCAUGGUUUCAGGAGCAAUUGGGGGUUUCUUGGAUGUGGCUUUCAACUUUAACACACAGGCUUAUUUUGAUGACAAUCUUCUUGCACAGUUCUUUAAGAUUGGAUGGAAAAUGGUUAUGCAUGGUGAUGAUACAUGGCUCAAGUUAUUUCCUGGUUUAUUUGCACGACAUGACGGAGUUAGCAGUUUUUUUGUUAAAGAUACUAUACAAGUAGAUCAAAAUGUGUCUCGACAUCUUGACGAUGAACUUAGCAGAGAUGAUUGGAAUUUCCUGAUUCUUCAUUAUCUAGGCUUGGAUCAUGUUGGACAUAUUGGUGGGCGCAACAGUGUGUUAAUGACUUCAAAACUUUCUGAAAUGGAUGAAGUAGUUAAGAAGAUUCAUGUUAAUUCCUUGCAAAAUCUAGAAAAUGAUCAAGGGCAGACACUUCUGGUUGUAGUCAGUGACCAUGGAAUGACUGAGAAUGGUAAUCAUGGGGGUUCCUCGUAUGAGGAAACUGACUCUCUAGCUCUUUUUAUUGGACCAAAAAACCAUGCCUCUGACUCUGCAUUAUCCAAUCAUGACACUAUUUUUCAGGUUGAUCUUGCGCCAACAUUAGCUUUACUUUUUGGCGUACCAAUUCCAAAAAACAAUAUUGGUGUUUUGAUCUCUCAAAUGGUUGACUCUCUGACAGAAGACCAAAAGUUGAGGGCACUGCAGUUAAACUCAUGGCAGUUAUUCAGAUUACUUCAAGCACAAUUGCCUGGUUUGUCUUGUAGAAAUUUUCCAUGUGAUGCUUUCUAUACUAAUAGUGAACACACAAUUAGUGAAUGCAAAGGUAGCAAGGAGAAGUUGUUUUGUUGCUUGUAUUUGAAUGCUGCUACUCUUCAUGAUGCCUGGAAAGCUGAAGUAGUCAUCAGUACAGAAGGCUACAACAGCAUUGUUGCAGCAUAUAACGAGUUUCUGAGUAGAGCAAGUGAGUGGUUAUCACACAAAGCAACUGAUAAACCAAUUAAUUUGCUUGUUUUUGGAGUUGCUGCUUUGAUCACCUCAUGCUUGAUACUGCUGAGACUUGUAUUCAUCAUCCACAAAGAAAUUCCUGCAGAGGAGACGCAAGACCUUCACAAUUAUAUGAAGCCAUGGAAGUUAGAUGAGGUGUUCGUUUUGUUUGGCAUCCUGAUCCUUGUCAUUAGUAUGGGAUCGAGUUCCAUGAUUGAGGAAGAGCAUUAUAUUUGGCAUUUUUUAACAUCCACUAUUAACUUGUUAUUUCUUCGCGAAGCAAUACAGUCUUUUGACCUUAAUAAAGCACAUGAUUAUCUCAGUUCAAUAAAGGAACAAAAAAAUAUAUCAGGUUUCCGAAUGAGUUUGUUGUUUCUUAUUCUCUUUUCUGGAAGAAUUUUGAAAGGCUGGCACCAAGGUGGUGUGAAUUGGACUAACCUUCCUGACAUUUCUAAGUGGCUUGAACAGGCUGGCAGUCAAUAUAUAAACUCAAUUCAGAUAGCAUCUUGUGUCAUGAUCAUCAUUAUGGGCAUAUUUGUAUUGUUCCUAAUGCAGGCCAAAACAAAAGUCGUAAUGGUGAUUGGAUUCAGCUUGUUAAUGUCUGGUUUGUUGGUAUUGCAAAAUUUUGUGAAACAUGAGGACAUGUCUGCCUCAUAUAAUAAGGAUGCCACCUUAUCAGUACAAAUAUUCUAUGCCAUUCUGGGAAUCAUCACUGUUACAGUUGUAUUGGUUUUGCCAUGGGUUAUGCCUAUGCAAACUCCUGAAAUGUACUCAACACGGAACUUCUACAUGUCUGCUUCUGUUCCUUUUGAAAUUCAGAACAUGACACCAAUUUUGGUAUUAAAAGAUUCCUUGUACUUGGUGGGGUGCACGUAUAUAACUUCCUGGUGUCUUCUGCAGUUGUUGCUUCAACAACCCAUUAAUGUGAUGCCUGUGUUGUUGCUCUUUGUUCAAGCCUUGGCCAGCAUGCUUACCUUUUCUUCUAGUGGGUCACAUCAUAAGCAGUGGGUUGAGAUUACUGCUCUGUACAAUCUGGGAAUGGCAGGCCAUUUUGCUCUUGGGAACAGCAAUACGCUAGCUACCAUUGAUGUAGCUGGAGCUUUUAUUGGAAUUUCAAGUCACUCAACCUUCCUCUCAGGUCUUUUAAUGUUCAUCAUUACUUAUGCAUCCCCAAUGUUGUUCUUUCUUAGUAUGGUUCUGUACAUCUCUGUCAAGAUCUCAAUCGGUUCACUAGUUACCAAGAAAGGCAAUUCUGGAGAAAUUCUCAAGACUCUUCUUGGAUUUCCUUGCCUAGUACCUUUGAGCAUGAAUUCUGUUCUCUUGACUGCAUACACGAUUGUCUUGCUGUUGAUGAGGAACCAUUUAUUUAUUUGGAGUGUCUUUUCUCCCAAGUACCUUUAUGUUUGUGCUGCAACUGCAUGUGUCUAUAUUGGGGUCUUCAUUGUAGUUGCAACCGUAUUCAUACAUAUAUAGUGCUUUUUUGGCUGAGAAAGAGUUUCUCCGUAAGUAGCAAGGCAAAUGGCACAUGGUCAUCUAAGUUGAGAACAAAUUAAUAUUAAACUCUCAGAAAGCAAUUUUAACUAUCCGGCUUGAUUGAUUAGUAAGUAAAUAUUGCCUUUAUUCUUUUUUAUUUUUUAGGGGGUGGGGGAGGUGGAAUAUAGCAGUUUGUCCCGUUUCACCUGCCCGUCUCUCUCUAACCUUUUACUGUUGAAUUCUUAUUCAUUGAAGAAGCAGAAUAGUUGAUUGGUAUCUUCUCUAUUUGACAUGCACACUCACUGAUUGAGGCAUACAUAUCUGCGUUGCAAAAUAAAAAUCUGGAGAUGCUUUAGGAGCAAAUUCGAGAUUUGAAUGGCUCUUUGUGGGAACAAGUAUGAGUUUGAAAAAGAUUAAAAAAAACCAGGCUAGUCUGGUUGAGCUAGAACCAAACGAAUAGGACUCUUGAUGUAAAAGGGUAGGUAUAGGAGAAGAUGUGGUGUCAGCUGCCGUUGCAAGUCUAAAUCAUGUUGAAAUAUGUUGGUUAACAGAAGGUGAAGAUGUUAA